CUGGAAUCCGAAUAUAUUUUUUACUUCUCCCAUUGUAUCAUCCGACUCCGUAUUAAUUAAAGUUUUUCUCCCUGUUUUCCAGUUCGAUCCAGAAACCCCUCCCUACACCAACUCUCUGAAUAUCACAAAGCUGCUAUCUUUAUGGAUACGUUGAUCUCCGAUUCAAUCAUCGAACGAAAGAAUAAUAAUCUGCUGCUCUGUUUCGUUUUUCUUUCUUCAAUUCAAUCUCAGCCCUCCGGUCUACGUCUUCCUAUCAUAAGUCAACCUUGUAUUUCUUUCUAACCUUUGGAAAACUCUUGCUGCUUUGAAACUUCUCACCAUGGGUAAAAGGAGUUCUCAACGUAAGAGUGCUGCCAUGUUAGAUAGCGAUGAUACAGAUAGCAUGAGUUCAUCAUCAACUGCUCAUUCAGAUAUGUUAGUAUAUAGUGGAGAAGAAGUAAAGCUAGACAAGGAGACUUUUCUUGAUCAAUGCUUAGAUUCCCUUUACGAGAAAAGGGGAUCUACUAGAGAGAAGGCAUUGGCGUCAAUGAUAGAAGCUUUUAAUAGCAGUGUGCAGCAUGAAUUUGUUGAAAAGAAAUUUGCAACCCUGCUUCAUCAAUCUCUUAAUUCUAUUAAGAAGGGAUCCUCAAAGGAGAUAGCAUUGGCAUCCCACUUUAUUGGGCUUCUGGCUUUGACUAUAGGUCCUGGUGAUAGGGCACGAGAGAUAUUGGAAGAGUCUGUGUCUCCUAUCUCAGAAGCUCUCAAAUCUCGUAUUGAUUCUGUUAAAAUAUCAUCACUACUGGAGUGUUUGGCCACUAUCACCUUUGUUGGGGGUGAAGCACCUGAACAGACAGAGAAAUCACUAGAAUUGAUGUGGCAAGUCGUGCAUCCGAAACUGGGCCCCAAUGUUUCUUCCGCUAAGCCUUCAUCACCAAUUAUAACAGCAGUAGUGUCUUCAUGGUCUCUCCUUAUCACUACUAUGGAUGGAUGGAAACAAAAUCCCAAAAGUUGGCAAGGAACCAUCUCUCACUUAUCCACUCUGCUGGACAAAGAUGAAAGAUCAGUUCGGAUUGCAGCUGGUGAAGCGCUUGCUUUGAUUUUUGAACUAGGGGGGUUGGUAAAGAUCUUUGGUGAAGGGUCUGAUGACAGCUCCAGAGAAUUGGUCCACAUACAGGGAUUAAGAUCAAAAGUUUUGAACCAAGUCAGAAAUCUUUCAGCAGAGGCGGGUGGUAAAGGGUCUGCCAAGAAAGAUCUCAACAGUCAAAGGAACACAUUUCGGGAUGUUCAGGAGUUUCUUGAGUAUGGAUAUAGUCCAGAAACAUCUAUGAAGAUUUGUGGAGAGUCAUUAAACACUGCAACAUGGAGUGAACUCAUUCAGCUCAACUUCUUAAGACGUUUCCUUGGGGGUGGAUUUGCAAAGCACAUGGAGGAAAAUGAGUAUCUUCAAGAGGUUUUCAGCUUUAUGCCCAGGAAAAAGAUGAUGUCUGGUGCUGAACAUCGCAUAUCGGGGGCUGAAAAGAGGCUAUACAAGUCACCUAACUCAGCACUUAACAAGGCAAGGACACAAUAUCUUAACAAGCAAAGGAUGCUAUCUCAGGACAGAAAUGUCGGUUACUACACAGCUGGUGGUGCUGGAGAUGAAGCUUGAGAGUUGUGAAGUUUAUAGCUGGAUAUGAAGAUGGUGACGCCAUUGCUAUCAAGCAGUGCGUUGUGUAACCACUUAUUGUUGUGCGAUUAGAAAUUUGUUCAAUUCUUUAUAAUUUAGUACUUCAAGUAAUAAAUCCAGUUUCAACUUGUUUGCAUUAUGUAUUUCCCUGAGUUAUGUUGCACAAAAAUCCCAGGGGAGUGAUUUUGCAUUGUACACCUAUUUUCUCUGGUUGGAUUCACUGUAGUAAUUCCCAAUUGUUUAAGAUUAAUUAACAGUAUAUAUAGUUGGAGAAAUAUGCAAGUUUCUUUAUUAAUUACAAAUUGUUUUUAAUCUUUGACAAUUUCACCACAAU